AUGCUUCCAACAGAAUUCAACACCUUCUCUUACUUUGCCAGAAAGCCAGGCAAACAAUUCUUCUUAGUGUCAUCUGUCAUCUUGAGUGCUUUCAUUAUCAACAGAACACACAAUGCUCAACAAGGACGAGCCUUUGAAAACCAUCUUCCAACCCAAGAAAUGUGGGCCUGGUACGAUAAACAUUGUGCACGACAAGGUGAAAAUCAAGAUAUUGUCAUGAAAGAUCAUUCUGUAAAUAUUCCUCACAUGAUGGGGAAAUUCGAUAAACGAGAAGAAGUCGAGUCGAAUCCAUUCUACCAAGCACUUCACAAACAAUAA